GUGGGGAGAGAGCAUAAGAUUUCAAAGUCCGUCAAAGUCUUCUUCUUCACUUCCCUUCGCUGAUCGAUCGCCUGUAAUACCAACUGCGCAGACACCUAUCCGUCCCGGUCCCACCACCUCCAAUCCAUCGUCCGAUACCUCUUUCCUCCUUCAACGAUGUGGAAGAGGAACCACGGUAAACAAGGAGAGCACUAAUCCGGAAGUUGGUACAAGGGAAAAUGGUUGAGGAGAGAAAGCGCCUACCAUCCUCUAGCUCUCUCUCGCCUUGUUUGUCUUUCUCUCUCUUCUGAUCCCUCUCUUCGGCUCCCUUGCUCCUUCUAUCUUACCUUUUCACCUGUUCUCCGCAACCGACAAUGGACCCGAUGUCGGAGGAGCAAUUGGACUACGAGGACGAGGACUAUGCCUCCGGCAGAGGCCAGAAGCUCCAGUAUCCCGGUGGCGGCGCCAUCUCGGCGCUGGCGGAGGACGAGCUUCUCGGCGAGGACGAUGACUACGACGAUCUAUACAACGACGUCAACGUCGGCGAGGGUUUUAUGAACUCCAUCCAGCAGCACCAUCCUCCCAACCCUAACCCUAAUCGCUCCAAACUACAUCCUAUGCCGAAUGGACUUCAACCCCCUCCUGCACCCCUUGUUGAUCCGUCAUCAUCUGUUGUCGGUAACUCCGGAUUUAGGCCUUCGGAACCCCCAGGAGGGGGAGUCAACAUUCCAGGCGUUGGGUUUCAUGAUGGGAAGGGCUCGAACACCGGCAUCGGCGGCGUCGGUGUGUUCUCCUCCGUUAAUAACAAUUACGCUGCCCCGAAAGCUAGGGCGUCGGAAAUUCCUCUUGAUCCAUUGACUGGGAAUUUGGAGCAUCGUGGAUCCAUUCCUCAGGUAAAGCCGAUGGGUGCUGGGGUCCCUGAGCAAGGGGACAACAUGGCUGGGGGGCCGGCAUCUAUGCCCGGAGGGGUCAACAGAGGUCCUGGCAUUGUUGCUAGCCGGCCGACACUGCAGCAGAUGCAGCAGCCACAGCAGAUACAUAUGCAAAUGCAGAUGCAGCCCCAGCAGCAGCCUCAGCAGCAGAUGCAGCCGCAACAGCAGAUGCAGCAGCUGCCGCCGCCGCUACCGCCCCAGCAGCAGCAGCAGCAGCAGCAGCAGAUGCCGCCGAUUGUGGAGAGCAAUGGCAACACGAUGCUGUUCGUCGGGGAAUUGCAUUGGUGGACGACGGACGCGGAGCUCGAGAGCGAGCUUUCUAAGUAUGGGAAGGUUAAAGAGAUCAAAUUCUUUGACGAGAGAGCUAGUGGCAAGUCCAAAGGAUACUGCCAGGUAGAGUUUUACGACGCUGCAGCAGCUGCUGCUUGUAAGGAAGGGAUGAACAGCCACGUCUUCAAUGGCCGCGCUUGCGUCGUCGUCUUCGCUACCCAGCAGAAUCUGAGGCAGAUGGGCGCUGCUUAUCUCAACAAGACGCAGGCACAGGCUCAAGGUCAGCAGCAGGGAAGGCGGGUUGGUGCUAACAACAACGAUGGUAAUAGGAAUGGUGGGUGGAAUUAUCAAGGAGGCAAUGGUGAUAACCGGAACUACGGCAGGAUGGGUUCUGGAAGAGGUGGGCAGGGGAUGCAGAACAGAGGUCAAGGUGGGAAUUAUAUGCAAAACAGGGCUAAAGGAAAUAUGGGUGGUGGCGGCGCGGGCGGAGGCAGUGGUGGUUCUGGUGUUGGGAAAAGCAUGAUGGCUGGUGCUUUUGGUGGCCCUGCAGUGGGUGGCCCGCCGGCCGCCUUGAUGCAUCCGCAGGGGCUGAUGGGACCUGGUUUUGAUCCAACAUACGGUUCACACAUGGGCCGGGGAGGUAUCUAUGGUGGUUUCCCUGCCCCUGGAUUUCCCGGGAUGAUGCCGACAUUUCCAGCCGUCAACAAUGCUGUCGCUCUUCCUGGUGUGGCGCCUCAUGUCAACCCGGCAUUCUUUGGUCGUGGAAUGGCUGCUAAUGGAAUGGGGAUGAUGGGUACUCCUGGAAUGGACGGGCAUCCUGCCGGGAUGUGGACUGAUCCAUCAAUGGGAGGGUGGACACAUGAGGAGCAUGGAAGAACGAGGGAGUCUAGCUAUGGCGACGAUGGAGCUUCUGAUCAUGCGUAUGGCGAGAGCCAGGACAGAGGUGGAAGAUCAGGAAACACGUCAAGAGACAAGGAGAGAGCUGGUUCGGAGUGUGAUUCUGAUAGGAGACACCGUGCUGAUAAAGAGGCAGAUUGGGACCGUCAUAGAUACAGGGACGACAAAGAAGGGUAUUCGGAUCACAGACACAGAGAACGAGAUUGGGACAACGGGGAAGAUUGGGAUAAGGGAAGGUCUUCCUCUUCAAGGUCUAGAAGCAAAACUAGGAUGUCACAAGAAGAAGAAAAACGCUCUCAUGGACACAGAGAACGAGAUUGGGACAACGAGGAAGUUUGGGAGGGAGGAAGGUCUUCCUCCACAAGAUCUAGAAGCAAAACUAGGAUGUCGCAAGAAGAAGAAAAACGGUCUCGACCUAAGGAUGUAGACUAUGUGAAGAGGAGACGCCUGCCAUCUGAAUGAAGAAUUUCUCAGUUUUGGUCAUAUUUGGGCUGACGGUCUAUCAUAAUCAUGUGAGAGGGUAGCAGUAUUUCCCUUAAGUUCCACUUGCUCACUGCACCAACUUUUUUACUGCUGCCAGGGUGGUGAGAGUGACUUUCGAGGCUUCAAUCUUCCUUGGUGGCAAGACGAACUUGCUCCUUCCUGCUGACUUCUGGUGGCAACACAGUCGGCAGAAUUGUUGCAUCAGGGUUCAAACACUAAGUUUCUCAUAGUGUUGCUAGAGAGGGUGCAUCUCUCUUUGCUAGUUAUUUCUUUUAUCUUCAUCCAAAACAUUACAUGAACCCAGCUGAUGGACUUGAGUGAUGGAGGUACUUGGUAGUUUCAAACAGUUAGUGUAUUUGAUUUACUAGUGUUGGCUUGGGCAGUAGUCUACUUGCUUUAUCUACGGUUUGGUUCUGAUCUAAAACUGGGGUUUCUGCGCCAGGUUCAUAAGCUGGAACUUAAACAUAUGUAAUCUGUGAACGGUCACAUAAUUCUGCUCUCUCCUUCCAUAUUGUUAAUGGUCAUUCAUAUUUGAAGAAAGCACAUGGUGGCUUUGUACCAUUUUUUUAAAGGAAUGUGGAAUUGAGCUGCUUAUUGGUAUUGCUGCA